CAACAAACCCCUCCGCAUAAAUCCAGGUGUCAAAGCGAACAUCAGUGCGAGCUAAUCAAGCCCAAGGAACUGCACUCAGCUACCACACACUUUACAACGGAGGCCACAUAACGGUCAACAACCAAAAUUAACACGAAACGUGUGAAUUCAAAAGGGAGUUAUUUUAUGGUGGAGAAUAUGAUAAGUCAAUACAACACGUACACAUCACAUAAUAAAGAGCCCUGACUCUACAAUGAAUACUCAACAUACAGUACAGUCAGUGACGUCUGCUCCCUAUUAAGGGAUAAAAGCAGCACGAAGGAGUCUGCGCACAUAUGUAAGCUCGAGUCGUACACACACAAGAGAGAUUACAAGUCGUACAGCCAGAACUUGACCAGUGCAAGCACACAUACUACCAGUAGCUUGAGCAUCAUCAAGCAACUUCACUCCAAGUAAUAAAGAAUUAGUGGUGCAGUUGGACGACCAGUCCACACCGGGGGUGUACCAAUAGACCCAGCAAUGCGCAAGUUCAUCGUGUCCACUGACAAGCAACGCAUACAUCAUAGGCAUAUUAGUGGACAAGAUACGCACAGAAGGCGGACGAAUUCAUUGAAAUACGAGCAUUCCCUAAACCAUAGAACAACCCAAGAGAUUGAUACUAGAAGUAGAUCAAUGGUUUCAGAGCCAUACGAUAAAGCUAUGAAGAACUGUGAUAAGAGUGACCCCGAUGAGUGUAUUGCACUCAGUGGCUUUAUGAACGAGUUAACAUUAGUUAGAUCUCACGAAGGAAAUAAAACUACAGAUCAAGAGACGGAUGAGCUACUCAAAAUGAGCGAGUUUCCAAAGUGGCCAGCCAGCAAG